AUGCCAGCCCUUGUCCAUCAUCUUCUGGGCCAGCGACUGUGCAGCGGGGAGCAGCCGGUGGCCUCUGCCGGCAAACGCGUGAUGAUUUGCGCUGCACCGCUGCGAGUCAAACCGCGCCAGGGAAAAGCAAAAGUGCUUCUUCCUCUUAGACCCCCCGCGCCGGGGCCACCUCUGUCCAUCAACCAGCCCUCGCCAGAGCGCUUCAGGCAGGACGGCCAAGGCAGGCAGCUCGAGGCGGCCCCAGUUCGAGCGUCCAGCCAGGCUAAAUGGCCGCCGCCCCGAUCCAACAACGCCAGCGCAGGACGCUGGGAUGGCGACGACGAACGGGAUGCGCGCACGGCAGGCCGUGCAGGGAGCGGCCGCGGAGCAUCUUGCUCAUUCGCUGACGAGGGAGAUGGUGGAGUUGAGGGCAGAGCAGCCCUUGAUCGUCGCCGUGGCUCGCCGUCAGCCAACGGAGGGCGUCCGCCAGCGCUCUCCCGGCGCGGCUGGGACGAGGCCGUGGGAGGCUGGUGCGACGUGGAGACUCGAGAGCAGAUGAAGAGCGGGUGCGACUUGCUUGUCAGCGUGCGAGCAGAUGAUACGGCUUCGUGGAGACCUCCAGCGUGUCCUCAGGCGUCGCGACUCCACCUCGGCUGGGCCGCCAAUUGCUCUCCAGGCAUGGAUGCUUCGACGACGUGCUUGCCAAACGUGCCGACUGUACCACGGGCAUGGAGUUGGACGUGGGCGCCCGCGCGGCGUGGUUGGCUCGUCGUCUUGCGGUGUGAGCGAUGUGCUGGCGGCGCUAGGCCCGAUGCGGCGCCAGGCCUUCACUGUCACGCCGCUGAGGUCAAGCCGGUCGCUCAACACCUUCUUGCGAAUCGACGGAGGGCCCCUCGACAUUCGAUUGUCGUCGGCCAGGCCACAACCACCGCCCCGGGUCCUGGACGGCUGGAGACACAAGCCGCGAGGCCUGCGCAGCUGAAACCGGCCAGCGAGCACGAGCCUCGUCGUCUGCCACCGCUCCGCAUCACGGGUUUUCCACGGGGUCGAGCUGCUGGUGUGCCUGCACAUGCGAACCGCCCAUCCUUUGCCCAGCCACAGCAGCCGGCUGCCUCUGCCCGCCAGCCUGGCACUUGUUUCGACGUCGUCGCUGCCCUCACGCCGACGACAGUUGCUGCUGGGAGCGCUGCUGGGCCCUGUGAGACGUGGCCACCACGCCACGGCCGCUGGACAAUGGGCAUUCUGCUCUCGCGGUGA